GGAACAGCUCUUGGGGAAAAAUUGUUGGAGGCCGGAGUCAAUUUACUGACAAAGGAGUUAAACAGUAGAGUAAAGACCAAAGAACAGGAAAAAAAAUCAGACUCCUGCACCAACUGUGCAAGGACAGCAGCCAUUUACAUUUCCAUUUGGUGCUGGUGGAUUGAUAAUGAACGGAUGCUUUGGAAGUGGAUAUCAACCUGGUGAUCGCUGUUAUGACGCCACGUGGGCAACCACCAAAUGUAUUGAUCUGAUACCUGGAGCCACAUUUGUGGGAGUUGGCUUUGAUGGCCGAGGAGACUACAGUCCUGAGUCCAGCAGAAUGGAUCUUGUACAGAGAGCCUGUGCUCGGAAACAAAGAUACAACGGAAAAAUGAUUCCCGACACAAUGAAGCUCCUUGGAGUAUACGACACAAGUGCCAAUAUGCAGGUAUUCUACAGUCGGUCUGAAUACCAAAAAUAUCUAGAACAGCAGUCAGGCGUCUCCGGAUCCGGCUUUGGUUUCUAUGGUGGGGUGAAAAAAGCUUGGGGAAGCACAGCUACUGAAGGCUCACAGAAAUAUCUCGCUGUAUUUGAUAUUGAUGUUGACAGGUAUGAAAUUUUUAUGGAUGUGGUGAAGCCUGACAAUUUGAACGUCGGAUUCCUUCGAGAGUUCAUGAUGCUUCCAACCUCAUACUACGAGCCAGGGGCAGCUCUAAAAUUUCAGGAUUUUAUUCAACGCUUUGGAACUCACUAUAUCAAGGCAGGACGAUUCGGUGGCCAACUAGAGAUCCGCAAAAGCAUGGAUGCACAGGAGGUGUCAUCUAAAACAGAGUUUAGCGAGGUUAUGGAAUUUGAAUUUAAAUCUUUCUUUGCCAGUGCUGGCGCCAGAAAGAGCGACACAGAAGGUGAAAGACAAAGGUCCCAAACCAAAACCUCUUCCACCUCUAUGUCUGUCCAAGGAGGGAGUCAGGAGAUUGCGGCUGUCAUUUCUGAUGUCUACGCUCCCACGUUUAAAGCCGAGUUUAAGGAAUGGCUUAAGUCAAUUCCCACGUUCCCAAAGGCCUUCAAAUUCACAAUCAGUUCUAUAACAGAAUUGCUGAAUUUCCGAUCUUCUGACCUUUUUCCCGAUGCAGCGCCAAGUUUUGGAUGUGAAGCACACAGAGCUGAGUUGCGGAAAGACUCAAGGACUAAUAAACACUACUACAAUGCAACUGUCAAUGGAACUGUCGUCAAAGAGUUCUGUGAAUAUCUCAGCCGAGAGGCACUUGAGUACUCUAUCCGCCAGCGGAGAACUUCAUUGAAGAGAGCAAUUGAUGUUUAUAUGGAAGAGGGAUCAAUCUCGGUAUCUGACAUGUCACUGGCUCCUGGCAUACCCGGGUGCCAAACACAGAACUACAAGUAUCAAACGAAAGCUGGAAGGCCAUCAUGGGUCGAGAUGACCAAGCACCAAGCUGCCUUCAAAGUGAUCUUUAAAAUGGACAAUGACUUGACAGGUUCCUACCAUGGAAUGGUCAAGAUUCCAAGUCAGUUGGAGUGUUUCGUAAGGUUCAUUGAUGGAGAGUGGGUAGUCAGUAAAAGUGAUGACAAAUUUGACUUUUUUAGUGGUUGCAAACGCGGUGGUAGCGGGAACGUGGACUCUGGAGAUCACUACCUUUGCAUUUAUGGAUUAGUGCUCAAAUACGACGAAGAGAGAGGAGCACUGAACGUCGACGAACAGGGGUUCAACAUUUCAAGAAAGACUUUCCAAAAGCUAGAUACGAACUUGAUUGGUGGAGAGAUAGCCAGGGUGGAAUGGCCAGCCGAGCACAUAUUUCAAAUGCAGGAGGUAGUUGGUUAUUUGCCAUGCAACGUGAAAUGGUCAAAUGCUCUAAGGUUUGACCCUGGUCAGGGAGGAAAAUGUCUCCAUUUUACCGCUUCAACUAAAGGCACAGUUUUUGUCAUCUUUUCUGUCAUUCCUAAGGACAAAGACACUUGGUACUAUGUGCAGAUUUCUCCUCAUGGGGUUGGAAUCUUUAAGUCACAGGCUCUGAAAGUGUCAAGUGUGGAUGUCGAUGCAGUUGGAUUGGGAGAUGAAAUCUUGUACCAGCCAUAUUUUGUUUGUGUCAAACAAGAACCCGAUGCCACUGUCAUAGAAUACGGGAAAAGUCAAGGCACCACUGAGAAGGGAGAGAUCUACCUAUCCAUGAUCGACAAAGAGAAGCCGAACCUUCACAUACGAUUUUAUGCGUUUGGAAAUGGAGAGGACGCAUUGGAAAUCACUGACGCCCAUGUACUUAAGCGCAGCUUUACCAAAGCGGAAUGCAAGGGAGACACAUCAAAAGACGAAGGAACCAAUACAUGCGUUCAGAAGUGUCACGAGAUGUGUGACCCCUUAAAAGGUUGCAGGAGUACUUCUAGUGGAGAACCACUGCCAACGGAUUGCAACGCAUGUUUGUAUCUAGAACGAGUUGAUACUGGAGAAUGUAUCGAGACCUGUCCUGAAGGAUUCAGAGAGAAGGACGGAACAUGUGUCCCAAGAGGCUGCCAGAAAAAUCCGUGCAGGAAUGGAGGAACAUGCAAAGAUCUAGGGGAUGAGAAAUAUGACUGCCAAUGUACAGAAGAUUACCGGGGCGAUCAUUGUGAGAUAGCUGCUCAUCCAUGCGAAUCAAGUCCGUGUAAAAAUGGAGGAACUUGCGAGGAGGAUCCUCAGAAUCUGGGUCGUUUCUCGUGUUCUUGUGCUUCAGGAAUUGGUGGAGAAACAUGUGAAAUUGAUGUAUGUCCUGAUGGUUGGACAGAGUUUGACGGUUUCUGUUACAAUUAUGAUGAAGAACGGGAAGUCCACAGCCUUACAGAAGCAGUGUCAGUUUGCGAAAAGUUGGAUGCAGACGUCCUGGUCAUCAACUCUAGAGAGGAAAACGAAUUCGUAAAGGAUUUGGUUCCUAGUGCAUGGCUUGGGAUGAGGUAUAGCUACACAGAGCGUGGAUAUAGAGAAUGGAAAUUGUUAGAUGGAAAGGAUCCUCUUUUCAAUCUGGCGAAAUCGUGGCCUAUUUCAGAUUAUUACGGUCAGUAUCGGGGAAAUCAUGAUGACAUUUGUGCAAUCGUCAGUCGUGACGAAAGAGUUUGGGAACUUACGCGCUGCUAUUUCGGAGUGGCGCCUGCAGUGUGCAAGCGGCCGGUUGGAGAUCGCUGAUUUUUAGAUGGAGAGGAGAGUAACGUGCGGAGGACUUCAUGAUAUCAAGAACGCCGUGAACUGUAGGGUUUUGAGAAAUGUUGAUCUGAUUUGAGCCUGAAGCUGUUGAGUACUGUGAAUACAAAAUUGUCAUACUCUAAAAGUAAUAAGCUACAGCUCCC